GUUUCCAAACGUUAGGUACAAGUUUCAACAUCCUUCACCCUUUUCCAUUCUCAAUCACAUUCACACCUUCUACGCUGAUUUUUUACCUUACUCGUCUCACUUUAAUUUGAAUUAUAGAUCCACAGAUUAUCAUUAUAGAUAUUUUCCUCUAAUGUACCACAGUAUCUCUCUGAUCGAAGUCAGAUCAUCAAAGGCAAAUUUUGUUGGUGCCGAACCUCUUGAUGGAAGCCAAGUUGAUCUGAAUUCAUAUCUUCCUUGCAUCCAUAGAGAACCACUUCAAUGAGAACGUCCAAAUUUCCAUGUAGGGGAUUGGAUUAUCGUCUAUGCCUUCUGAUAUUUGCUGCAUGCUUGGUGUUGUUGGGAACAGUUUCAAGAUUGAACACUUCAAAUGUUUCUUAUGCCACAGUAUCCAAGUUGAGGCACUACAAUCCUAAGCAUGUUGUGUCAAAAGGAAACGGGUACCCUCCUGUGCUUGCAUAUUGGAUUCUUGGCACCAGAGGAGAGAGUAAGAAGAUGUUGAGGCUGUUGAAGGCUGUAUACCAUCCAAGAAAUCAGUACCUACUUCAGCUUGAUGAUAGUUCCUCUGAGUCUGAGAGAAUGGAUUUGGCUAUUUCAGUUAAAUCCCUUGAGGUGUUUGAGGAAUUUGGAAAUGUGAAUGUGAUUGGGAAAAGUUAUGCCAUCAAUAGGAUGGGAUCUUCGGCUCUUUCUGCUCCUCUGCAUGCUGCUGCUUUGCUUCUUAAACUGAACCAAGAUUGGGACUGGUUCAUCACAUUAAGUGCCUCAGAUUAUCCUCUCAUGACUCAGGAUGAUAUCCUUUAUGCUUUCACAUUCUUGCCAACAUAUGUCAACUUCAUUCAUUACACUAACAAGACAGUUCGGAACGAACAACGAGACAUUAAUCAAAUUGUGGUAGACCAAAGUUUGCAUUAUGAAAAGAAUAGUCCACUUUUCUUUGCUGUGGAAUCCCGAGAUACCCCAGAUGCUUUCAAGCUAUUUCGAGGUUCACCCUGGAUGAUUCUCACAAGAGCCUUUAUGGAGUACUGUGUUAGUGGAUGGGACAAUUUACCAAGAAAACUUCUAAUGUUCUUCAGCAAUGUGGUUUACCCUCUGGAAUCAUAUUUCCACACAGUGUUGUGCAACUCCCACGAGUUCCAAAACACCAUUGUGGACAACAAUCUAAUGUACAGUCUUUGGGACAUUGAUCCUUCUGAAUCCCAAUUGCUUGAUAUGUCAAACUAUGACACAAUGCUAGAAACUGGGGCUGCAUUUGCACGUCCAUUUGGAGAAGGUGAUAUGGUUCUAGAGAAAAUUGAUGAUUUGAUUCUCAACCGAUCAUCUAAUGGGUUGGUUCAAGGAGAGUGGUGUUCAAACUCGGAAACAAAUAAGACUACGAAGGUUUCAGAAGCUGAGGAAGAGUUCUUCUCACAAUACGACAAUAUUGAUACUGUGAAGCCAGGGCCAUUUGGCAUCAAGCUUAAAACUACACUGGUUGAAAUUGUGAACACAGGGAAAUUCAGAACUAGCCAGUGCAAAUCCUUUGAAAAGUGGUGACAGCAUAGAAUGUUGCUAAAACCACUUUGAAAAAGAGUCCUUUUCUCCAUGCUAACUGAAUGAAACUGGCUUUAAGAGAUUGCUCAAUGCCCAUUUCUAUUAUUUAGGGCUGGGAGUUUGGAACAGAAGAUUCAAGAUUAUUCUGCUCAAAGCUGAGUUUGUUUCCAUUUCUCUAUACUCACAGUACAGUUUUUUUCAUUCAAAAGUAAUUUUGUUCUUUUUGGUGCUUUCAUUUUUUUUCUAGGAUUGGGUAAAUUACUCAAGAUCACAUUAAGUUGGGGACAUUUGUAGUUUAUAUCUUCAUACUUACAGUUGAAGCAAUCAACCUCCUAGAGUUUGUAUCAUUGUGCAAAUCA